CCCCGCUGCUCAUUUGUCUCAGUGUCGCCGCCAUUAAACAACACGGAGGCGAUGGAAACCACAGAGAGUCACCGAUUCGCAUCAUGAUUCGAGGCGUACACAGGCUUCGGCAGGUCUGGGGUUUAUCUGCGAGGGGUUAACGUGUCCAUAAAGGUAAACAUGUGAGAGAGCAAAGAAGUCGAAAAGUCCGAAUCGGGAAAGGUUUGAUAGAGCAGGAGGAGGAGGAGGAAGGGGGGUGGACACGAAGCGUUUGUUGUGGUUUCAGCAACGCUCCUGAAACGGACACAGCAGUGAUAUGACUGACCAACCAAAGCGACCCACAAUGAGUGAACAGAAGUUAAAGUGGGCCUGUGACUACUGCACCUAUGAGAACUUUCCCUCUGCUGUUAAGUGCACCAUGUGUCGUGCACAGAGGUCCAGGGGUCCCAUCAUCACUGAGGAACCUUUCAAGAACACGCCAGAUCUGGACCCCAGUCUGGAGUGGAAUCCCCCAAGAACUGACAGUGGCAGCAGCCUCCUGAUCUGUCCUGACUCCAGCGCCAGGCCCAGGGUCAGGUCAUCCAGCAUGGCUGAGUUAGCCAACAAGUGGUCCUGUCAGAUGUGCACCUAUCUGAACUGGCCCCGCGCCCUUCGCUGCACACAGUGCUUGUGUCAGCGUCCCAGGACCUGCAGCCCCACCGAGUCCCCCCAGACGUCAGGCUCCAAUGCAGGCUGUCGUCCUGCUCUUCAGUCCCCGGUGGACACCUGUGAGGAAUACAAUGAUAGAAAUAGACUCAAUACGCACCAGCAGCACUGGACAUGCACAGCAUGCACUUAUCAGAACUGGCCCAAAACUACUAAAUGUGUGGUAUGUGAUCACCCCAAGCCCAAUAACCAGGAAGCCAUAGAGCUAGCUGAUCCUGAGGAGCCAUCACCUAUAAUCAAUGAACAGGACAGAGCUAAGUGGAGGGGUAGCUGCAGCGGAGGCCUGGGCCAAAGGAGGUCUCCUACUUUACCCAAAACGGAGGUCAAAAUGGACUUCCAGCGGAUAGAGCUGGCAGCUGGAGCCAUGAGCAGCAAAGAUGAGCAGGAGGUUGACUUCAAGAAGCUAAAGCAGAUUAGAAACCGAAUGAGGAAAACAGACUGGCUGUUUCUCAAUGCAUGUGCUGGUGUAGUGGAGGGAGACCUGGCGGCGGUGGAAGCCUACAAGUCGUCUGGCGGCGACAUCGCCCGUCAGCUCACGGCGGACGAGGUGCAGCUUCUCAACCGGUCUUCAGCGUUCGACGUGGGCUUCACGUUGGUCCAUCUCGCCAUCCGCUUUCAGAGGCAGGACAUGCUAGCCAUCCUGCUCACAGAGGUGAACCAGCAGGCGGCGAAGUGCAUCCCGUCCAUGGUGUGUCCAGAGCUGACGGAGCAGAUCCGCAGGGAAAUCGCAGCCUCGCUUCAUCAACGCAAGGGAGACUUCGCCUGUUAUUUCCUCAGCGACCUGGUCACGUUCACCUUACCUGCAGAUAUAGAAGACCUGCCGCCCGCUGUCCAAGAGAAGCUGUUUGAUGAGGUGUUGGAUCGAGAUGUACAAAAAGAAUUAGAAGAAGAAUCCCCCAUCAUCAACUGGUCUCUGGAACUGGGCACGCGCCUGGACAGCCGGCUUUACGCCCUGUGGAACCGGACCGCCGGGGACUGUCUGCUGGACUCGGUGCUCCAGGCCACCUGGGGCAUCUACGACAAGGACUCGGUCCUCCGCAAGACCCUCCACGACAGCCUGCACGACUGCUCGCACUGGUUUUACACGCGCUGGAAGGAGUGGGAGUCGUGGUACUCGCAGAGCUUUGGUUUGCAUUUCUCGCUGCGAGAGGAGCAGUGGCAGGAGGACUGGGCGUUCAUCCUGUCUCUGGCCAGUCAGCCUGGGGCCAGCCUGGAGCAGACCCACAUUUUUGUUCUUGCACACAUUCUUCGCAGACCGAUCAUAGUCUACGGAGUGAAAUACUACAAAAGUUUCCGUGGGGAAACGUUAGGCUACACUCGUUUUCAAGGUGUGUACCUGCCUCUGUUAUGGGAGCAGAGUUUCUGCUGGAAGAGCCCCAUCGCCCUGGGCUACACACGGGGACACUUCUCAGCCCUGGUCGCCAUGGAGAACGACGGCUACGACAAUCGCGGUGCGGGCGCCAACCUCAAUACUGACGACGAUGUCACAGUCACCUUCUUGCCGCUGGUGGACAGCGAGAGGAAGCUGCUGCACAUUCACUUCCUGUCUGCACAAGAGAUGGGCAACGAGGAGCAACAGGAGAAGCUGCUGAGGGAAUGGCUGGACUGCUGCGUGACAGAAGGAGGGAUGCUGGCGGCCAUGCAGAAGAGCUCCCGCCGCCGAAACCACCCCCUGGUCACGCAGAUGGUGGAGAAGUGGUUGGACCGAUACCGCCAGAUCCGCCCCUGUGCCUCUCUGUCCGACGGCGAGGAAGAGGACGACGAAGACGAGUGAAGGGAGGUAGAAAGACUGGGAAAACCCGACGACGCCCGAAGGCACCGCGGGGGGCGACCUUACUGACUCGUUUCACUUUUUCUCCCCCGUUUUUUUUUUUUUUUUUUUUUUCUUCCUCCGAAUCGUGUAAAUCUUGAACUCGUUAUAAUGCAUGUGUUCUGUGAGCUCCGUGAUAGAAAAGAUACCAGCACCAACAAAACGAACCCUGGUUGUCGCUCCUACGAAAGCACAUUAAGUCCAUUUUAGUUCGCCUUUCUAUCCUCCGAAUCCCGUAUUUGUUAAGAGAAUUACUACCACAAGAGAGAAAUACUAGUACAUAUAGGAAAAUAUACUGUAUUUAAAGAACCCCUGAGCUGCACUAGAUGAGAAUUUUCAUUUCCACUAUUGCCUGACGGACAUUUUUCGCUUAAAACCUAAAAGAAAGCAGAUCCCCCGGUGUGUACGUUGAGGUUUAAAGAGCGCCUGUCCCCCCCCGUCCCCUCCUCCGAUUUUUCUGACGUAGGAUUAUUUAUUUGUUUAGAAGAGUUAGCGUGCGGCGGAGGCAGAAGUGGUGGCGACACCUUUCGUUCUGCCCAGUUUUAUCUGUGUUGGGUUUUGAUUCAUUCAGUCUUGAAGUAUUUUAUUUUGCACAGGUAAUACCUACAUUAUGUGAGGGCAGAAGGGGGAGGGGAGGAGGGGAUUAAAAAAAAAAAAAAAAAGUACAAGUUUACUGACAUUUUUUUGUGAUUUAUUAGCUGAUGUUGAUGUUAAAACUGGGGUGGUGGUGAUGAUGAAGAUGAUGAUGAUGAUGAUGAUGAUGAAGAAGAUGGUGGGGUGGGAAAAAGAAAACCAAACACUCUGCCUCUUUCUAUGGAGUGCGUUGAUAUUAAAUUUGACUCACUUGCACCUUG